AUGCUUCCGCGCAGGCAGGACUACGGGAUGAAAAGGGCCGGCGUCGCACGGAGCGGCUCGGUUAUAAACUUUAGGACAACAGUGAGUCCGGGCUCCCUGCGCCGCAGUUCCGCUGUUCUGCCGUCGGUGCUGACGUUCGCAGUGAUCGUCGCGUCCGGAGGCCUGCUGCUCAUGAUAGAGAAAGGAAUGCUGAACAGCAUGGAGACACCUCCACCUCGGGGAAACGGCAGGCGCUCCGACUACAUCCGACAGGUUGUGCCACAUAACCCGGCCGCUGUGGACACGGAGUCCCAGAUCCUUCAGGAGAUCCGUAACCGCACCAUCCGGACCAUGUGCAGCCAUAAGAACAUGCCCCACAAUGUUUGGUCUCUAAGUCCCCUGCAGAGAAAGACCUUGCUGCAGCACAUCCUAGUCAAUGAUGAGUACCGCCUCCUCUACUGCUAUGUCCCCAAAGUGGCUUGCUCCAACUGGAAGAGGGUUCUCAAGGUCCUGAGUGGAGCCCUGGAAAGUGUGGAUGUCAACAUUAAGAUGGACCACCGCAGCGAUCUGCUCUUCUUGUCGUCUUUGAAGCCUGAGGAGAUCCGCUAUCGGCUCAAGCACUACUUUAAGUUCAUGUUUGUGAGGGAGCCCAUGGAGCGCCUUCUUUCUGCAUACAGGAACAAGUUUGGGGAGAUUGAGGCCUACCAGAAAAAGUAUGGCGUAGAGAUUAUAAAGCGAUACAGAAAGGGACAUGCAAAGGACUCAUCAGUGACAGGAGACGAUGUGACCUUUGCAGAGUUUGUGCGUUACUUGCUAGAUGAGGACGUGGAGCGUAUGAACGAGCACUGGAUGCCAGUGUACAACUUGUGCCAACCUUGUGCUGUGUCCUAUGAUUUCAUCGGCUCCUACGAGCACCUUGAACGUGAUGCCGAUUUUGUGCUCCAGCAGAUUGGGGCACCGCCUCACGUCCACUUCCCAGAAAGGCAAACAUGGUACAAGCCAGUCACCACAGAGACACUGCACUAUUACCUGUGCAGCUUACCACAGAAGCUACUGAGGGAACUCCUACCCAAGUACAUUCUAGACUUUUCCUUCUUCACUUAUCCCCUCCCCAACACAACCACUGAGUAUUGCCGACAUUAAGUGUGCAAUGUUUUAUAGCGUUGAGAUUAUUUUUAUACAGAAUCCUUUGUACUAUUUUUAUUCCUAGGGAACAAGCAGUAUUUUGAUACCAGUUUACAUGAGGUGUUCGCACAUCAUUUCAAUAUACUGAUGAUUAGAAAAGACAGAGCCUGACUUCAAAACCACUAAAACUUGAAAUCAAGCAUAGAUAAAUAAGAAAAAGUUACUGUAAGCCAAAUCACACUGCUGGCCAAUAUCAAAAUGUUAUCACGCAGACUGUUACAGUAGAUGUGCAGUGUUCAUUGUUGAAGCUGUCAGAGUUAUAAGGCCAACAUUUUUAUUUUGCUGGUUUCUUCAUGUGGAUGACAAGACGGUAGAGGGUCGAUGACUUAAACAUUAUGUUCAUGGGCAUUCAGCAGUUUAGCGGGCUAAAGCACAUGCCAUGUACUGAGAGGGUGUUGGGUUUGAAUCAGGCUCACAUUUGCUGCAUGUCAUAGCCACUCUUUCCCAUAUGUCCCAUACACUAUCUUUUCUAUAACCCUCUACUGUUUACUAUCUAAUAAAGCACAAGAUCAAAUUAAAAACAUGGUCUGUAUACUAUA